GACCGCCUCUGUUCUCUUCCUCCUCUCUCUCUCCCUCUUCAUCCUUCCUCUUCCCUCCCAAAGCACAGAAGCCUCCUGUCCAUUUCAAAACCCUAAACCCUCGCCACCGAAGCGAGCAAAUCCCCGCAGCUUCGCGGGCCUCUGCGGGCGAUUCCUGCCCGCUCCGGUCGCCCGGAUUCUCCGAUUCGCGCCCGCAUUGCUCGGUCCGGCCGCGACCCCGCGGGGAAUCGUCGCGGAUUUGGGCGAGGAGUUCGAUUGAGCGGCGUCGCGCCCGGAUCCCCUGAAGCUUCUAGAACAUCCUAUGCCGCUUGGCUACGGUGCGGCAGGAUCCUCUAGCUCCGGCUUCGCUGGAACCUGCGCGGAUGCGGGGCGCGCGUGGCAUCGGAGUGGCCGCGGCGCGUCAUCUCCUCGCCGCGGUGGUGCUGUGGGCCGCGUUUUCCUCCGCCGCGUCCUUCACUGAUCCCUCCGACGCGAUCGGGAUCUGGGCACUAUAUCGCGCACUGGACUCACCAUGGCAGCUUUCUGGGUGGACAUCCAUGGGUGGUGACCCCUGCGGCAGGGAUGGGGAACAUGGAUCGUGGCAUGGGGUCUUUUGCAAGGACUCGUGUGUCGUGGCUAUAAAUAUUAGUGGGCUUGGGGUUGGUGGCUGGCUUGGCCCAGAGCUGCUCAAACUCCACUCUUUAAAAGAGCUGGAUGUGAGCUUCAACAACAUCGCUGGUGAAAUCCCACCCACUUUGCCUCCAAAUGUGGAAUACUUAAAUUUGGCAGCUAACAAGUUUGAGGGAAAUAUACCACCAUCACUACCAUAUUUGCACUCCCUGAAAUAUCUGAAUCUCAGCUAUAAUAAGCUCUCUGGAAUAGUUGGUGAUGUUUUUGUUAACAUGGAAAGCUUAGUUACAAUGGACUUGUCAUUCAACUCUUUCGAUGGUGACCUGCCACGAUCAUUUAGUUCAUUGAACAACCUUCACUAUCUUUAUUUACAGCAUAAUGAGUUUACCGGAUCUGUGAUUUUGUUAGCAGACCUUCCAUUGGUAGCACUCAACAUUGAGAAUAAUCACUUCAGCGGUUAUGUGCCUGGAACUUUUGAGUUCAUUUCUGAGUUGAGGAUUGAUGGGAACCAUUUUCAACCAGGUUUCAAACCUUCAUCGUCCUCAUUUUCUAGGACCAUUCAUUCACCUCCACCCGCACAUCAUCCUCGACCUCCAUCUCCACCUCCACCUUCACCAGCAGUCAAGCAGAACUCAAAGCGCGGGCCAAAACCUCUGCAACCUUUUGUGAGCUAUGCUUCUCUGCACAGUCCUAGCCACCAUAGGAAGUCACACUCUCGAGUGACAGCUGCUGCAAUAGCUAGCGUUGUUUGCACAAUGUUUGCACUCUUCAUUGUUGGAUUGGUUCUGAAAAGCCGGAAAGGUGGUACAUGUGGCCCAAAGAGCACCGCUGACAAUAUCAAGUCUUUACCAGCCAAUUUGGAAGGAGUCCCUAAAGCAAAUGAGGUCCUGAACUCUUGGAGUUCUCUUAUGAAUGGCCAUGAUACUUCCUCUAGCAAUAAUGAUAGCAUUAUACCUGGAAGAGUUCCCAAAAGGAAAAGUUGUGCUAAGACAUCUAAAAAUCUUGCACCUGCAAAACAGUUUCUGGCAGUUGACAUUAUGGCGGCUACCCGGAACUUCAAUGAAGAAUGCCUUAUCGGUGAAGGUUUCACUGGCCGAGUUUACAGAGGUGAUUUUCCUGAUGGCCAGCUGCUGGCUAUCAAGAAGAUCAACAUGAUAGAUUUAUCAUUGUCAGAACAAGAUGAGCUCAUGGACAUUCUUGGGAAUAUGUCCAGAUUAAAGCACCCUAAUAUAUCUUCGCUUGUGGGCUACUGUGUGGAGUUUGGGCAUUGUGUACUUUUAUAUGAGUAUGCAGAAAAUGGUUCUCUUGAAGAUCUUCUGUUUUCAGCAGCCACAAGGUCGAGGGCUUUGUCAUGGAAAGCUCGGAUGAAGAUUGCUCUAGGAGUUACCUAUGCUCUAGAAUACAUACAUUUGAUGUGCUCCCCUCCAUUUGCCCAUGGAAAUAUUAAAGCUACAAAUAUUUUACUUGACGCUCAGCUCAUGCCCUACCUCAGUCACUGUGGGUUAGCGAAGUUCAGCCAUUUUGUCAGCGCCACAAGAAUGGAUUCGGAAGCCCUCAGUGGUGCUAAAGGCUAUGCUGCUCCUGAGGCUAAUGGUUCAGGAACAGAUAUAAUCAAAGCUGAUAUUUACAGUUUUGGCGUGAUAUUGCUUGUGCUUUUGACUGGGCAAAAGGCUUUUGACAGUUCAAGAGGGCCGAAUGAUCAGUUUCUAGUUGAUUGGGCAUCUCCUCAUCUCCAUGACCUUAAUUCUCUGGGAAGAAUAACUGAUCCAAGAAUACGUGGCUCUAUGCCACCUAAAGCUAUUUCUGCAUUAGGCAACAUCAUCUUGCUUUGCAUCAAGCAGUCACCGGAUUCCCGCCCGCCGAUGAAAGUCAUAACAGACAAAUUAGUAAAGCUUGUCGAGAGCAACACGAUACAUAAGUUGGAGGCUGAUGCUCAGGACCCCUCUUUCAUAACAACCCGACCAUAUUUUGAGCCAUCCUCCACCGUCAGCCAGGGUGCAACUGAGAGCUGCAUCUCCCGGUGACGAAGACAUGCUCUUCUCAAAUUUUGCCAGAUGUUGUUAUACUUUGUGUUGUCGAGGUAGCUCCGAGUAUAUGAAGCGUCACAGCUCUUUACAAUUUUCUGUCGAUGCCAAUUGACGACAGCCAAAGCUGCUGCACGGAGACGCACUGGCUGCAGAAGACACUAUGUGAUGCUCGAUUACGGGGAAGUAAGCAAAGUAAACUCUGCUCCCCCGCUUCACUCUGGUUGAAAAGUCAUGCAAGCAUGGCAAUCAGUAUUAUUAGCGUUUGGUCUCAUGUAUUGCUUGGUUGGACUCAGUUUGGCUCACAUGGGAUGCUGCUAGGAGUGCUCUUGUAAGUAGUGAUUCCAAGGGGCAGAUCCACGUAUACCCAUUCUCCACUUAUGUAGUUCUGUCUAUAUGCCCCUUCAGUCUUGUAAAUGUGUGGACAAGAAGCUCGUUAGCCGGUCGACACUGGCCCCAAACACAGGAUCUGAUGUGGGCUGGUCCUGAUCUUACAAUGCUGCUCGGUUCACAUGUCUUGAUGUGAUUGUUUUGUUUUGUA